AUGUAUUGGCAUUAAGUUGAAUCUCCAUAUGAACCAAAGAUCUUUACAUGUUAAAAAUCUGAUUUCAUGUAAGCAAGUGAACACAGUUAAUAAUGUUUUAUUGCAUAAUAGUAUUGUUAACAUGAUUUUUUAUAUUUCAAUUAUAGCAUCUUGAGUUAUUGUUGGUUAAAUGGAUCUAUUAUGGUAAAUUAAUAUUAUUAGAAAAUAGACAACAUUAAUAGUAUCUGGUUUUGUGGGUUAUUAGGUUUAUAAUGGAAUAAGUGAAGUAAUAAAAGAAUAUUUGAUUCCUUCAUUGGAAGCUGUGAAAGUGCGUUUUGAAAUUUCAGAGAUUAUGGCAGGAGUUACUCUUUUGGCUUUUGGAAAUGGAGCAGGGGAUGUACUUACAGCAUUAGUGGCAUCAUCAUAUCCUGGAGGCAUAGAUUACAAUAUAGGUGCAACAAUGGGAGCAGGAUUUGUAAAUUAAGAACAAAAAUAUAUUUUUUAGUUCUUGUGUAGUAUAGGUGUAUAUUUAAUAACAAAGACAUCAAAAUCAUAAAUAAAAAUGGAUCCUGUUCAUUUUUGGAGGAAUGUGGGAUUUCAAUUAAUUUCAAUAUUUGUUAUUAUGGUAUUUGGAGUAAUAGGUCAAAUUUCCUAUUUUUCCAGUAUCUCACUUACAGUUUUAUAUUUAAUUUUAGUUUCUUUGGUUUACUAUUAAGAAAGAGACAAAAUAAUAAAAAGUAGAAAAGAUAGUUUAGGUGAGAGAGUUUAAACAGUAAAUGAGGCAAAAUAUGAUUUAGAAAUAGCUUAGAAGUUUGAUGAUAUGAAAUUAAUAUUUUUAUGGGACAAAAAAUCAGAUAUUGAAUAAGCAGCUAAACCAGUAAAGUGGGCAAAUCCUUUGAUUAGAUUAAAUUAUGUGUCUGGAGAUACAAGAGUUAAAAUGCUUGCUAAGAAAUUUAGAUCAACAGUAAAACUUACGAUGGCUAAUUUGGAUACAUAAAAAUAGAAAUGGGAAAAAUUAUCAUUACAUGAGAAAGUCAGAGCAAUAAUUAUCUAUCCAUUAUAAAUGAUAUUAAAAUUUACUUUACCAAAGCCUUAAGAAGAUCAAUUUGACAAAAAUUAAGCUUUAAGUAAUUAAUUAAUUUUUAUGUAUAUUUUAUUAUAGUUUUCCCAAUACCUGGAUCAGUUUUCUUUGUUUCUGUUGUUUUUAGUUUCCCUGAUUGGUGGGUUUACUUUUUAGCAUUAAUGUUUGGAUUUGGAAUAUCAAUUUUUAUUAAUACUACUACUCCUUCUUAAAGAAGUCCUCCUUAAUAUUUUUUUUAUAUCCAAUUAUAUUGUAUUUUAGGUUCAUUAGUGUGGAUAUUCUUUUUAUCUGGAUUACUAAUAGAUUUCUUAUAAUUUUGGGCUAUAAUAACAGAAUUGAAUAAGACAUUUUUGGGAUUUAGUUUAAUAGCUAUGGGAAAUGUAUUACCUGAUUGCAUCACUUUGGUUUCUUUAGCAGAAGAAGGUUAUGGUAUAUUAUUAAUAUUAAUAAUAGCAAUAAUGGCAUUAAAUGGAAUAUAUUGUAAUUGAUUUAACUAAUACGAUAGUUGGUUAAAUGUUUACUAAUUUGAUUGGAUUUAGUGUUGCAUUUCUUAAACAAAACUUUGUAAAUUCAGGACCAAUCAAAUUCAAUUUAUUUAGUAUUAUAGACAUAGAAUAAAAUGCUUUUAAAUUAAUGGUCAUUUUAGCUGCAUUUCUUAAUCUCAUAUUUACAUUAAUUAUGGUAGUUCGUAAUCAUUAUAUAAUUACCAAAUAUAUAGCUAAGGUACUAACAAUUUUUUAUUGCAUAUUUUUUAUCUUGUCAUCUUUAUCUGCUUUUUAUCAUUCAUGGAUAAAGAAAUGA